AAAGUGUAGGCCGCCCACACUUUUCUCUGCAAAAUAGGGGUAGUUUAUCCUGUUCAGGCUAUAUUAUUAGCAUUAUCCUGUCUUUGAAUAUUAUUUCAGCAAUUAUUUCAAGUGAUUUCUUUUGUGCCAUAAACCAUUUACCAUUUCUGUGGUGCCCUCUUCCCUUCCCUUGAUGCCAUAAGUACAUGCAUAUUUUGCUUAACGGUUAAUCCAGCACUGACAACAUGAAUGUUCUGAAAGUAAGGUAACCAGAGAAAAAGAAUGGGUUGGAAAAACUGAAAACCAAGAAAGGAGUUGGUGUGGACAGUUAGGAAUGGAUGAGGAAGAAUAGUGUGGGUAGCAAACAAUCGAAAUUUUUAAAUUACUUCCAUUCCAAAUAUGAAUCAAUGGUACUUUUGGAAGGCGCAAUCUUUCAAACUGGAGUCAAUGACCCCACAUCACGCAAUGGGGAAUACCCAGUCCAUCGGGUGCAGGUGAAAGCUUUUUAUAUUGACAGAUACCCAAUAACAAACAUUCAGUUCAGUGCCACCUCCUCCUCCACACCACUCCCCACCUCCCCAGAUGUCUUCACUAAGGGUCUCUUCUAUUUCUUUCAGCCUGCGGGCCCAUUUAGCACCAUCAGGGAACUCCUGUCCCACCCUGUGGUGCAUGUGAGUUACAACGAUGCUUUUGCUUAUUGUUCCUGGGCUGGAAAGCGUCUGCCAACAGAACAGGAAUGGGAAUAUGCCGCCAGAGGAGGAUUGAAUGGAUUGCUUUACCCAUGGGGUGACAGGUACCUUAAAAUGAGGAUGAACCUUUGGCAGGGUAAAUACCCAGAAGAAGACAAAAAAUAUGACGAAUGGGCUGGUACCAGUCCUGUGGAUGCAUUUCCAGCUCAGAAUAGUUAUGGAAUGUAUGACAUGCUUGGUAAUGUCUGGGAGUGGACCGAAUCGUUAUACUUUGACCGAGUGAUUGACCGCAACAAGCAACCCCUGAGAUAUGUUCUAAAGGGAGGCUCCUUCAUCGACACACGUGAUGGGUCCUACAACUAUGUUGUACGCACUGCAAACAGGUAAUCACUGCCCAGUGUUGUUC